CUUUUUAAAAAAAAAACCGUCAUGCCUUCGAGGAAAGGAGCCCGCGGCGGGAGCCGGGCGGGUCACGGGAGGAGUCUCCCGGAGCUCGGGCUGCUCCUGCUGGUGCUCCUUGUGCUGCUGGAGGGCUCCGUGCUCCCCCUAGGAGCUGCCAGCUCCCCGAACACCAGCGGCAGCAGCGCCGGGAGUGACGAGGAGCGCCACGGACACGCGGAAACCAAACACAACGCCACGAAAAAGGCUUUCCCGGUCCUCAGCCUCGAGUACGACCACGUCAAAAUCCCGUUUGAGAUUUCUCUGUGGGUGCUGCUCGCCUCGCUGAUGAAACUAGGUUUCCACUUGAUUCCUCGCCUGUCGGGUAUCGUUCCAGAGAGCUGCCUGUUGAUUGUCGUUGGCCUGCUAGUGGGGGGGCUCAUCAAACUGGCUGGAGAGAAGGUCCCCCCAGUGUUGGACUCCGAAUUAUUCUUUCUCUGCUUGUUACCUCCCAUCAUCCUGGAUGCUGGCUACUUCCUCCCCAUCCGCCCGUUCAUGGAAAAUCUUGGCACGAUCCUGAUGUUUGCUGUCGUGGGGACUCUUUGGAACGCCUUCUUCAUCGGAGGCCUGCUGUUUGCCGUUUGUCAGAUCCCACAAGCUGGGCUCGACACCGUUGGGCUCCUGCCCUGUCUGCUGUUUGGCUCCAUCAUCUCCGCCGUGGAUCCAGUCGCUGUACUCGCUGUUUUUGAAGAGAUUCAUAUAAAUGAGCUGUUGCACAUCCUGGUGUUUGGUGAAUCACUGCUCAAUGAUGCUGUGACUGUGGUUUUGUACCACCUUUUUGAAGAGUUUGCAAGUGUCGGCACAGUGACGGUGUUGGACGGCUUCCUGGGAGUCAUCUCCUUCCUCGUUGUAGCGCUGGGUGGCGUUCUGAUCGGAGCCAUCUAUGGGUUUCUUGCAGCCUUCACCUCGCGCUUCACCUCCCAUACCCGCGUCAUCGAGCCACUUUUUGUCUUUGUGUACAGCUACAUGGCCUACCUGUCAGCUGAGGUGUUCCACCUGUCUGGCAUCAUGGCUUUAAUAGCUUGUGGAGCGGUGAUGCGACCCUACGUGGAGGCUAACAUAUCCCACAAAUCCCACACCACCAUCAAGUACUUCCUGAAGAUGUGGAGCAGCGUUAGUGAGACGUUAAUCUUCAUCUUCCUCGGUGUGGCCACAGUGGAUGGAAACCACAACUGGCACUGGAUCUUUGUCAUGUCGACGGUCAUUUUGUGUCUGGUUGCUCGAGUCAUAGGUGUUGUUAGUCUUACAUUUGUGAUUAACAAGUUCCGCAUCGUAAAGCUGACAACCAAAGAUCAGUUCAUCAUAGCCUACGGUGGCCUGCGAGGUGCCAUCGCCUUUUCCCUCGGCUUCCUGUUGGAUCCCAAUCACUUUCCUAAGAGGGAUAUGUUCCUGACUGCCAUCAUCACGGUCAUUUUCUUCACAGUCUUUGUUCAGGGCAUGACCAUCAAACCCCUGGUGGAGCUGCUGGCAGUGAAGAAGAAACAAGAGGCCAAGCGCUCGAUCAACGAGGAGAUCCACACUCAGUUUCUUGACCACUUACUGACUGGAAUCGAGGACAUCUGUGGACACUAUGGACAUCACCACUGGAAGGACAAACUGAACCGCUUCAACAAGAAAUAUGUGAAGAACUUCCUGAUUGUAGGCGAGCGCUCCAAAGAGCCACAGCUGAUCGCUUUCUACCACAAGAUGGAGAUGAAACAAGCCAUUCAGCUGGUGGAGAGCGGUUCCAGGCUACCUUCUGCUAUGCCCUCCACUGUUUCCAUGCAGAACAUUCAGCCCAAGGUUCCUCCUGCUGUUCCAAAGUCUGCAGAGAGAGCUCUUCCACAGCUGAGGAAAAGUCGAGAGGAGGAGAUCAGGAAAAUCCUCAAGAGCAACCUUCAAAGGACUCGGCAGAGGUUGCACUCUUACAACAGACACACUCUGGUGGCUGAUCCAUAUGAGGACGGAUUUAAUGACUUCCUUUUGAAAAAACAAAAGAUGUUUGAGCUCGACAAGAAGAUAAAGGAGAUGAGUAAUUACUUGACGGUUCCUGCUGCUGCUCCUGACUCCCCGACCAUGACUAGAGCCAGACUGGCUUCAGAUCCACAAUCUUACCGCACGAGACCAGCAGCAGAUGGUGUGCCAACCAUCAAGAUAGACCUGGCGUCUCCAGAGUCCCCGGAUUUUUUAAACCCGAAGAAAACCUUCAGAGAGGCGGACAAGCAGGGAGGAGAGGAGGACCAAGGCCUGACGAUGAGACCUUAUUCAAGUGGACCAAAGAAAUCUGGAGACAAAGAUGAAGCAAGGGAGCAGCAGAAGCUGAUGAGGUGUCUGAGCGAUCCCGGUCCCGGCUCAGACGAAGUCGACGACGAGGAUGAACCUUUCCUGCCCUGAGACUGAGACCAGAGCAACGUCGGGUCUCGACUGUUCAGACUGGAGACGGUUGCGUCAUUGCUGGGUUCAGAAACGAAGAUAAAAAGCCAAAACGGCAACUGCUGUAAGAAACGAAAACUCCAAGUAAGAGCAAGAGCCCAAGGGGAUAAAAGAAGCCAUUUCUUUAUCGUCGUUGCUCUUUAUUUUUUUAGACGGGGUGGAAAAUCAGCAGCCGUCAGAGAAAAGGCUGAUUUACUGCUUGAUGUUCUGAGAUCAGGAAAGAGCUAUGCAUUACCAAAAGGUUGGACUGUUU